CCUCGGAUCAUGGGUACAAAGUCAAGAAGGAUGCUCAGCUGCCUUUACUUACACUCCCUCCAUCUUUAGCAUCUAUAGCCACCACUUUCACCUCCUCAUCGUCGGCCCAAGAUGUUCGUAGCAGCAUUGGACCCCUACUACCUCGGCCUGACGGCCAUCAUCUCUGCCGGUAUGCAGAUUGCCGGCUUCGCAAUUGCAUUCACCCUCCAGACCGAUGCCAUUACCGACUUCUGGUCUGCCCUCACCACGAUUAUCAUGCUCCUCAUCACCCUCGACUUUGGCGCUGCAUACACUGCUCGCAACAUCCUAGCUACCAUCUUUGGUCUGCUUUGGGCUGUAAGGCUUGGUGGAUUCCAGCUGUUCAGGAUGAUCAAGAUGGGUGGGGACACGAGAUUCGAUGAGAUGAGGAGCAACCCGCUCAAAUUUGCUCAAUUCUGGGUCGGACAAUUCCUCUGGACUUGGACUAUCACCAUGCCCAUCAACGUCCUCAACUCACCUGCAGUGACCCGACCCUACGAUGGGUACGGCGGCACCCUAGGCCCCAGCUUCGGGACUGCAAAGGACAUUGUCGGUCUCAUCUUCUUCGUCCUUGGCUUCCUCACAGAGGCCAUGGCGGACAUUACAAAGUACCGCUUCAAGAGUGUGAACAAGCCACCCAAGGGGGCCAUCAUCGAUGUUGGACCUUGGAAAUUCUCCCGCAGGCCCAACUACUUUGGUGAAAUCCUUAUCUGGCUAGGAAUCUACCUUUUGUGCAUCUCCCCUGCUAGCCAAGCCGACAUUAGCUAUCGCGGACACGCAGCUCUGCUAGGAACCGUCGUUUCUCCCCUCUUUACCUUUGCCCUCCUGAUGUUCCUCUCAGGAGUACCACUGGCAGAGAAGCCCUCACAAAAGAAGUACUUUAUCAUGUCCCACGAGGGUACCUCUCUGGAGCCUUACAACAAGCAGAGAGAAGAGGACCCAUGGAGGCGAUACAAGGCCUUCCGCAACCGAACCCCGCUCCUCAUCCCUAUGCCUGCCUUCUUGUACAAGCCGCUGCCAAAGUUUGUCAAGACGUACAUCUUGUUCGACUUGCCGCUGUACAACUUUGACGAGCACAAGGACGGACCUGCCGCUAUUGACGAGUGGGAGAAGAAGCAGGGUAACGAUGAGAGAUCGUGAGCUACCCCUUCGAGUUUGGCCUCCUUGCCCUUUUCUUGUUUCUAUUAGAGCCUCGCUUCUUGCGUUGCCCAUCCUUACAUUACCUUGUUCCAGAGCACUCAUUGUAUAACU